CCUGGCCCCGCGGGGGGUGCUGCUGGACUCCAUGCAGGGUGCAGCCAAGGAAGGACGGGGGGGGGGAAAAAAACAAAGUCAGGCACCUGCAAGGGUUUCUGGUUGUUCCUGUGAAGAAUGACAGACGAGUACCGGGACUUGGGCAGAGCAAGGCUGGAAAAUGAGGAAGAGUUUGUGGAUAUAUUGGAGGAGCGAAGGCAGAGCAGUGAUCUGGGCCAUGCACUGCGGACCUUCAGCCCCCACCCUUACAAAGGAGCCCAGUCCUGCUCCACCGCUGACCUCAAAAAAGCUGUGCUGGAGUCCCAGUAUCUACACUACAUAGCCAAGGAGAUAGCCGCAGAGACGGGCUCAUCGAUGGAGGAGGUGAAAGAAGAGGCUUGUAGAAUUUUGGAGGAAAUGUCUCAGAACCUGCAGCUGAAGUUCAUCAGGCUGAUGGGCUUCACACUGACCAAGGUGUUGAAAAGACUCUACAGCAGCAUCUUCGUUAACAUGGAAGGACUCAACACGCUCCAACAAGCUGUUCAGGAGAAUCCUGUGAUCCUGAUGCCCAAUCACAGGAGCUAUAUGGAUUUCCUUGUUAUCUCCUACAUCCUGUUCACCUAUGACAUCCCACUGCCAGUUAUUGCUGCAGGAAUUCCUCUUGCAGGGAUGAAGAUGGUCGGAGAGAUACUGCGUCGCUCGGGAGCAUUCUUCAUCCGGCGUGCCAUCGGCUCUGACAAACUGUACUGGGCAGUGCUGUCAGAGUAUGUCCGAACCGUUGUCAAGACAGGAAUUGCUCCUUUGGAGUUUUAUGUGGAAGGAUUGCGGAGUCGCACACUAAAGUCUGUGAUGCCAAAGCUAGGCAUGAUGCACAUGGUGAUGGAGCCCUUCUUUAAAGGCGAGGUGUAUGACAUCACACUGGUCCCCAUCAGCAUCAGCUACGACCGAGUGCUGGAGGAGUCUCUGCUCGCACACGAGUUGCUGGGUAUCCCCAAGCCCAAAGAAAGCACCACGGGUCUGCUGAAAGCUAGCAAAGUGCUCCAGGAAGAUUACGGCAGCAUGCAUGUGAACUUUGGCCGUCCAAUAUCGGUCCGACAUUUGUGUCAAGGCAAGAUAAACCGCUGCCAGUACAACCUCGUACCAAGAGACCUUCCUCAGAAGCCCAGCGCGGAUGUUCAGGCCUGUGUGAGCUGGGUGGCUCAUCUGAUGGUUAAAGUCCAAGAGGAGGGCUAUGUGAUCGGCCCCUGGGCCCUGAUGGCGUGCCUACUGCUCCAGGCUCCCACCAGAGUCUUAACAGAGGAGGGUUUGCUGUGGCAGGAGCUCACAGAGAAAACCCUGUGGGUCAGGAAGCUGGCGCUGGACUUUGGGGCUCGCCUGAACUGGCCGAGUGGGCAAGGACAAUCCUCUGAUGUGAUGUCAUCCACCGUGGCCCUUCAUGCCUCCGUAGUUUACCGUAAAGCCGGGCGUGUCUUCCUGGUUCAGGAGGAAGAGCCCGCGAGAGAACGUCCAAUCAGCCCCGAAAAGGAAGUGAUCAGGACGGCGGCGGCGGUGCUGAUGCUGGCUUCCUACAGGAAUCAGUGUCUGCACAUAUUUGUUCGUCCCGCCUUGCUCGCGACGGCCUUCCACAUCACAAAGGCUGCACAAAAAGAGGAGCUCCUAGCCUUCUUCUGCUUCCUGCGGGACGUCUUCUCCAACGAGUUCAUCUUCAUCCCUGGAAAUUCAUCUCAGGACUUUGAGGAGGCGUGCUCCCUCUUGAGAAAAUGUGGAGCAGUCCAUGUCAGUGAACAGGAAGUGACGGUGUCAGAUGCGGGGCUGGAGGUGUUAUCCUUCCUGCAGGCACUCCUACAACCCUUCAUAGACUCUUACCAGGUGAUAUUCAGGUACCUCUGUGAAAACCAAGUUCACGUGUUCGCCGAGAAACAGUUCCUAUCUGCUGUGCGAAACCUGGCUAAAGAGCUCAUCCUCUCAGGUGAGCUUCUAACCUACGAAGCCCUGUCGUCUGACACACACAAGAACGUUUUGUCGGCCCUGCAGAGACUGGAGACUGUGACAAAGUCGAGGGCGUCUGAGCAGAAUGAAUACACAGUAAAUAAAGCAGCUGUCAGGAGAAUCAAUGACAUACUUUCUGGGAAAAUCCCUCCCCAGAUGCUCCCCUCCACACCUGACGCUAAACUCUAGCCUCCAUUGGAACAGAUCCAUCUACGGUCCCUGCUCAAAGUCUUUCAAACCCUGACUUUAAAAGUCUUUCCUUUCUUCAUAUUCUUCCCUUUGCGCAGUUAUGCAGCUGUCAGUAAUUUAAAUACUUGCUGCACCUUAAAAUACAUCAUAUUUCGGAUGCCAGUGGGUGAACGCUUGUUUCCUCCUCCAUUCUCUUGUUUCCUUGUUUUAAUUCCUUACAUACCUUACAAUAAAGGUACAACAACCUGAUAUGGUGACCUGAGGUUGACUAUAUGGCUGAUUUUUAUAUUUUCAGUGUUAUUAGAUGAAAAAAGGCGUAAGUAUUCCUGAUCUCUGUGAAUGAAUAUGCUGAACUCAAACUAACUUUAAUCCGUUGUAUUGUAUUUUAUGUUUUUGUCAAUUGUUAAUUGAAAAGGCCACCAUGUCUUAUUAAGGAAAAAGAAUAGAGCACUUUAAAACAACUUGACUGAUUUUUGACAUAGGACGGAGUAUGAUUUAUGACACUUGAUUGUAUAAUGUAUAACAUUAAACAUCUAGAUACCAUAUCCCA